AUGGCGGACCCCGAGGGCGGGACCGCGCGCGCGGUGCUCGAAUUUAAGAACCGUCAGCUCGCGGGACAGUUGGAGACGCGGCGACGCGAGACGGAGGACGCCGAGCGGAGACUGUCGAGGGCGACAGGGCGGGGAGAACGGUACGAACGCGUGGUGGGGGUGGUGACGAAUGAGUGGAACUCGGCGAGGGCGGCGAUUGAGGCGCUGUGCGCGCGCGUGGGGGUGAGGGAGAGCGCGAAGGCGUCGACGGAGGACGCGAGCGGCGGCGCGGGGCACGGCGACGCGUUCAUCGCUCGGUUGUUGAAGAGCGCUGGGGAGACGCUGGUGGGCGUGGAUGGAGGUGCGGGUGGGAAGCGAAAGCGCGGUGAUGACGACGAUGCGGUGAAGGAGACGGUGGAGGAGCUCGAGGAUGGGGCGAGUACGUUUGACGACGAAGAGCGCGAGGCGCUCGUGAGGUCUCUGAGAGAUAAGGCGGACGAGACCAAGGCGCGUUUGGCGGCGGUGAUCGAUGUGAUCGACGGUAAAUUCGCGAACGAUGUGGACGCGGAGGCGAAGAAACGGAUCGAUGCGCUCGAGGCGAGUCGAAUGAAACUGAAGCGCGACUACGACGCGCUCUCGCACGCCUACUUGAGAGACUCGGGCAAGGUGAAGGAGUUACAGGGAGAGCUGGAUGAACUCGAGGUGCAGCUCGCGGUGACUCGCCGACGGCUCGCGAUCGCGAAGGCGAACGGGGGCGACGACACCGGGGAGACGAUUGAGGGUUUACCCAAGAUGGCCACCGCCGAGGACGCGCGUGCGGCGGGGGCGCAGAUCGAGGCCAAGGCGGCGGCGGGUGACAAGGGCGGCGCCGACACACCGGGUCGACCGGGCACGCCGGCGGGCGCGCAGGUCUCAUCGACCGAGCUCACUAAGCUCAAGGGGGACGUCGCCGAGCUCGAGGCGAAAGUAAAGCACAACGAGAAGACGAUUAACGAUCUAACAAAGGAAAAGACGGAUAUGGCGAUUAAGCUGCGAGCACUCGGCGACGGUCAAAACUUUGGCAGAAGCGUGGAGACAUCGCCGGCGUACGUGGCCCUGAACGCGCGAUACGAAUCGCUCAAGAUAGAAAAUGAGAAGCUCAACGAAGACUUGCGAUCGAUGCGCCGACGAAUGGACGGUUUCAUGCAGGAGUCCAUUCGUGAUCGUCAAGCUGCUGAGCGCGGCGAGGCGGCGAUCAAACGGCUGAGCUCCGCGGACGCUCGCGCCGAUGAAUUGGACGCCCGUCUCACGCACGUCGUGAAAGCUCGCGAUGAAUUGGAAGUCAGAGUUCGCGCUCUGUCCGAAAAGCAAGACACCUCUGCGGCAAAGGAGGAGCAAAUCAAGAUGCUGGACAUCGUACAGAAAGAGAACAAAGUGUUGAAGGAUGAAAACACCAGGUUCAAGGAGUCGUACGCGCUGUUCGACCAGGCGAAGAUUGACAAGGCUGCCGCCGAGGCGCGAGUCAAGUCGCUCGAGCAGUCCGCGACGGAGAAGAAGACGUCUAAGGCUGCCGACUUAGAGAAGGAAAUCACGGCGCUCAAGGAAAAGCUCGCCGCUGCAGAGGCGACCGCGGCGACCGCGAAUGCGGCCCUCGAGGAAAAGCAAGCUGAAGUAAUGGCCUUUGUCGAGGAGAUCGAAGCCAUCUCGGGCGCGUACGACGAGGCGCAAGAGCAAAGCAAUAGACUACUCGGUCGCAUCGCGAAGAGUGAAGAGGCACAGAAUAAAGCCGUGAGCGAAAAGCUUGUCGCGCAGUCAGCCGCAAAGAAGUUUGAAGACGAGUGCGAGCGCAUCAGCGAAACCGCCGCAUACUACAAACGAGAUCUCGAAAACGCCUACGCGCGAACUCAGGAGCUCGAAGGUCAACUAGCGGAGGCGACGGAGGCAUUCACGAAGAUGCAACAGGAGACGAGCAGUAACGCUGAAGUGACCGAUCGCUCCAAGGCACAGCUAAGCGCGAUGGAGAAGCAAAUCGUCGACGUGCGAGCCAAGCUCAAUUCGUCUGAGCAGACCGUCGCCACGUUGAUGCAGCGAAGUGAAAGAGAACUUGCAAGUCUCGAGGCUGAAAAGGCUGCUCGCGUCAAGGCGGAGUCGACCGCUCAGGCUUUGAAGAAGAAAUGCGAGCGUCUUGUCCGUGAGGGUGGAGCGACCGAUUUGCAGGCGGUUAAGAGUCUACUAUGGUACCGUAUCGCUAUUAAUAUUCUUUUCCUACACGUGAAACACGCGAACGACGCCGUUUGA